AUGAGGACUUUAACAGCUUUAAAGCCGAUGGGGGGGUUUAAGCUGUUGGUGGCUGUGGCAAUAAAAAAGGGGCUCCAGUCAGAGCUUGGCGACCAGACGAGCGCUAGGUUCUUGACCUUUGGUGGGAAGGGUGAGAGCCAAGUGCAUGCGGUAGCACUAGGGUCAGAGACCGAACUCCAGGAGCUCGAUGUCAAGCUCAAGACUGGACGCGUGCCAGGAUUGGACCCGUACAAGCUCGUGUUCAAAAGCGUCAGCAGACUCAAGGUUUUCCCUACCCCUGAGGGAACUGCCCGGUCCCUUGUGCUCAAGAGCCUAAAGGAGUUCUUGGAUGAGGAGGCCGUGGAGAGCGAACUCAGGAAACAGUUUUGGAUAGAUGCUUUCGGUGAGAUUGAAUCCGAGACAGUUGGUGAGACUGAAUCCGAGACAAUUGGGGAGAUUGAAUCCGAGACAAUUGGUGAGACUGAAUCCGAGACAAUUGGUGAGGACACUGGCGAUAGUGAGUUGCAAGUAUUUAUGAGAAAGCUACAGAAGGCAGAGUUGGCGGAGCUGUUGCCGAAAGUGCAACAAGACUGGUGGGAGAGUAUGGAAAGGUCGGCGGUGAGUUCAUGGGCAGAGUGGUUGGGUCUCGAGACCCUGCGCGAGGCUUUCUUCAACAGUUGCUCAAUGCGAACGGUGGUGGGCGUUGCGUUUCUGGCGGCUGCAGGGUACUACAUCCUUUACCUUCCCUGCUUGAGCAAUGGCACGGAGCGGACGAUGUCUGAUGUCGAGUCGACAAUGACCUCGUCCAAUGACACGACCAUGUCGCCAUACUCUUUUUGUGGCGAAGUGGCUGGGACGGAAAAGGCCCUAUGUAUUGAGGAUCAGCCUUUGUGCGUUCUGCACAUUGAAGAAGGAAAUAGGUGUGUCGCCGUUAGGUUCGAUAAUGGUGAUGAUCAUAUGACUCUCAAGGACAUGGAUGAAAUUUUCAGGUGGAGGAAAGGAUUUUCCGUCUGCCGAUUGAGUGGCCGCUGUACUACUCCUUUUCGAAAGGUCAAGACAAUGAAAGCUCUUCCCCCAACUCAAACGCCGCUCAUACCAUUCUUGCCCUGCGUCGAUGAAACCGGUUUGGAAAAUAAGAUAUGUGUUGAAGGUCAUCCUAUUUGUGUAACCGACCCGUCAGAUCCUGAAAAGAGGUGUUUGCGAAUAACUGUACCCCUCACGAUAGAUGAUAUCAAAUCAAUCAUAAUGGACGGCUGGAAGAUUUGCGAAAUGGAUCAGACUUGUAAUGUGAAAACGUACCGAGAUGAGGGAGGUUGA